AUCAUCAUCCAUCCAUUACAUGUUUAUCUAUCUGUACACAUCCAAUCAUCACUAUCUAUCCAACGGCUCACAAAUCAUCAUGCACUCACAUAUUUUACUAAAGUACUAGAAUACGACCAAGGACUCUGCAUAUAGUUUACUCGUAUAACACUAGAGCAAACUUGUCAACUCUGUGUAAACUAAUCUUGCUAUCGAGAUCGAGAGAGAGAGAGAUGGAAGCAGAGAGGAGAGUGGGUGUGGCAGUUGACUUCUCAGGUUGCAGCAAGAAAGCUUUGAAAUGGGCUAUUGAUAACGUUGCUCGCAAGGGGGAUCAUCUCAUCUUGAUUAACAUUCAGGCUGAGGGUUAUUAUGAGGGAGGCGAGAUGCAGCUCUGGGAAGCCACCGGUUCUCCUUUUAUUCCUUUAAGUGAAUUUUCUGACUCAAAUGUUAUGAAGAAAUACGGCGUGAAGCCUGAUGCAGAAACACUAGAUAUAGUCAAUACUGCAGCUGCUCAGAAAGAGUUUUUAGUAUUGAUGAAAAUCUACUGGGGAGAUGCUAGGGAGAAGUUAUGCGAAGCUGUGGAUGAUAUCCCAUUGAGCUGCCUUGUCAUUGGAAACAGGGGACUUGGCAAGAUCAAAAGGGCUAUCAUGGGCAGCGUUAGCAAUCAUGUGGUAAAUAAUGCACAUUGUCCUGUUACUGUUGUGAAAGACCAUCACGAGUGAUGACAGUCAACAUUAUACAUCGGCAAAUUGAGUUCUUAGAUGCACUCCAUGACGUGGAUGUUGGAAUAAAUAUAAACCUGCCUUUAGUAGCUUUAUACUGAAGUUGUUGCAGGGCUCUUGUAUAUUUUGAUAGAUUUCGUUGGUUUCUUGCAGAUGUUUUAUCCAGAGAGUUAUUGUGUAUGUAUUUCCACAAUCUUGAGCUGAUAAAAGCAACUACUUGCAAAUAAACAUGUAUGCUGCAGCUUGGUUGGUUUCUUGUUGGAAGCACUGUAACAAUAUAUACUCUAUACUCAAUUCCAUGUCAACUUUCAAAAGUAAAAUUUGUUUCAAAUUUUUUGUCCA